UGAAGCUGAAAUAUUCUAAUUGUGUCAUUCUCUCCUCUCCUCAUCUUUCAGGGGCUACAACAAUGACGAGUGUUCACUCUUUGGCUGGACUCCUGCUCCUCAUCAUUGUCCAAAGCAGCUGGCAGGCACCUGAUCAGGACACAGACCGAAACCCCAUGCUUUUGACUGAAAAUUCCAUGCUGAGUGAACCCAUUGAGCUCCCAAACAUGAAGAGACAUUCAGAGGGAACUUUUUCCAAUGACUACAGCAAAUACCUGGAGACAAGAAGAGCACAAGACUUUGUCCAGUGGCUUAAGAAUUCAAAAAGGAAUGGGAGUCUAUUCAGACGCCAUGCAGACGGCACCUACACCAGUGAUGUGAGCUCCUACCUGCAGGACCAGGCUGCCAAGGAGUUUGUGACCUGGCUGAAGAAUGGCCGAGGCAGGAGAGAUUAAACUCAACCAGAGCUCCCUGAAAAAACUUAACAAUCCACACCCAGGUGUUUCUCGAUCUGUAUUAGCCUUUUUUUCUUGGUCAUGCUAUUAAACUACCCUCAUAAGAAGCUCUGUCAGCCUUCAGUGGUUGAAGAAAAUGUUGUUGAGCUGCAAAAAUGUACAUUAUAUUUAUGUUUGAAAUAUGUCUCAAUCAAAAAUGCUGUGUACAUUUUUAUCAGUCAUUCACAUCACUCAUGUUUUCAAAUUUCAUAUUUUGGCAUUUUCACCAGCCUUCUCACAUAGAUUUGUAAGAAUUUGUUAUGGUCAUAAUAUCGAUCUGAAUUGCAACUUGUACAAUCACCAAUGGAGGUGGUCUUGAUUUUCCUAUUUUUCACAUAA